GUGGAGAUUUGUAUAGAAAGUGUUGUGUUCUACUAACUAACAGUGCAGCGAACUGCGUGUUUUGGUCAGGUGUGAAAUUCAUCAACAAGUUAUCACUGAACUAUUGGGGUGCCGUCAUUGGUUGAUGGACACAUUAGCCUAGUAUAGACACCUAGAGCUAUGUUGUGAUGUAAACAUUGGCUUCGGGUCUGUGUGGUCUUACACGAUGAGCCAGAGCACUGCUACGUUUUAUACGAGUGGACCUGGCCAGUACCUGAGCGUGGAGUUUCGCAAAGAUAGUUCCGGUGAUGCUAGGUCAGACACAGAGAGAGAACAGCAGGCUAAGUUAGCUGGACAUGUCAUAUACAGCAGCGUCCACAGUGAUGGUAGUACCAGUAUGCCGCCACCAUUAGCCGCAAGUGACCGCCACCCAGCCAUUGUGGUGACCUCCCCUGAACCACCCAGACCUAUGGACAACACAAACUACUACCUGGGAGAUGGGAGAAUGUCCUCAGUCAGGAGGACAUUUUGUUUACUUGUCCUCUUUGACCUCAUUCUGAUGUUUAUCUUAUGGGUCAUCUACACCCAGCUAAUUGGUGACACAGGGUACACAGCCUUUGAGAAACAAGUGAAAAAUUAUAACUUCAAAACCUCUCUGUUUGACUCAGUGAUGCUGAGUGCCAUCAGGUUUACUUUUUUACUGCUGGGCUAUGGUCUGUUCAAACUGCGUCAUUGGUGGGUGAUUGCUCUGUGUACUGCAUUCACAUGUGCUACUCUCAUAGCCAAGAUAUUUCUGUUUGAUUUUGAGGGUAUGAAAAGCAGCAACAACCCUCUGAGCUACUGUCUGAUCAUCAUCUCCUUCGUGCUGGCCUGGGCUGAGACAUGGUUUCUUGACUUCAAGGUCAUACCCCAGGAGCAGAAAGCUCUGGACAAGUUACUGCAGUACAGUAGAGGAGUUACCUAUGGAUCAACCUAUGGCUCUAGUCGACCUUUGCUGAUGGGUCAGGAUGACAUGCAGUCUGUUAUCACUGAAGACAACCAGUUCUACUCACCUGUUGAGUCCCCUGAAGGGUCAGACACAGAAGAAGCAACAAUAGCCCCCCGCCCCUCAACUAACAGAACGAGCGAGUAUCAGAGUGUGGCCACAUCCAAGACACACACACGCCAGGCAAGCCAAGCAUCUAUUAACUCACUAACAAUAGAGGAAAAUGAUUACAUUCGCUUGGCCCGGCAUUCAUGGGAUGUUUUAUGGACGUACGUGACCAGCCCAGAGUCAGACUGGAAAUGUGAGACUGGGGUCAAUGAAUCCUCAGGUGUUGUACAUAGUAAAAAGGUCAAAGGUGUGGGGAAGGUCUUCAGGUUAAAGGGUAUUGUUGACAUGCCAGUUAAGGACCUUUAUGAAGAAAUGACGUUUAAGCCAGAGGAACAAGCCACAUGGAAUAAAGCAAUUAAAGAAUGCAGGAUAUUGCAAGUAGUUGACGACCACACAGAUAUUUUAUACAACAUCGCUGCGGAGAUAGCAGGGGGAGUCAUCACCAGCAGAGACUUUGUCAGCCUGCGAACCUGGGGCUCAAGAGAUGACAUCUUUAUAGGCGCUGGCAUGGGGGUCAAUCACCCUGAAAUGCCACCACAAAAAAGUUAUGUUAGAGGUACCAAUGGAGUUGGGGGCUGGGUUUACAAGCCAAUGCCUGGCAACGCUAACAAAACACUGUUUUUUUGGUACAUGAAUACUGACAUCAAGGGCUGGUUUCCUCAGUCUCUGAUUGAUGCCAACAUGGCCAAAGUGCUGAUGGAUUUCCUUCAUGACCUUCGAACCCAUGUGAAAAGUAUAACAAAUUCCUAGCUGAAAUUCCUAACAGACUGUUUAAACCAAGCUGCCUGUGUACUUUAUCAAAACUUUGUACUGGCUGGGAAACUAGAGUUGUGAAGCUUACAUGCAUAAUUGUGGGCCACAUUUGAUGCAAACUGUUGCUGUGUUUUGCUUGCUCAAAUACAUUUAGUGAAAGUAGGACAAUUUAUAGACAUUUCAUUUUGAUGAUUCAUGGAUGAUGCAAACAAUCUGUGUAAAAAUGAAAUUUUAGUUUGGAUGUGAAUACAGUCGCAUUUUUUUAGAUGUUACAGUACAUCAAAGUUGUUUGGGCCUAAUUAACAUUCUGUGAGUUAAUUAUUAUAAGAUCCACUUGUGUGAAUGAUAACUUUAACUCAUUCAAAAGCUUAGUUUUAAAUUGUUUCAUUGCAAGUAGGAAAAAUCCAUUUACAAAUUUCUGGAUUAUAAACUACAAACUAGAGAACCUUUUCAGAUGUUCAUUUUUUUUUAAUGUACGACUUCAUUUUUUUUUCUUUUUUCAUACAUGUUUGGUUGAGUUUUCUGUUUGCUAUGGUUCAUGUACUUACUGCUGGCACUAAAAUAUGGAACUAUUAUCUUAACUUGUUGAUCUUGUAAUGGCUUAAAAUGUUAAUAGAUGCUAAAAAUGUAUAUCUUAAGUAAGUGUGAUUGGAAGUGCCUGUUUUAAAUAGAAAGCCCGGUAAAAAAAAAUAUGAUUAAGAAUGAAAAAUUGUUUCUAAAUAAGUUUUUUUUUUUUUGCGCUAUUAAAUUCAUCUUUCUAAAAUGAGCUUAUAGUGAUAACAAUUUAAAACUAGUUUGUUUUCAAGUUCAGGGAAUGCUUAAAUCUAUUCAUGUGUUAUAAUAAAAACUAACAUAAGUUUUGUAAUGUAAUGUAAAAAUAUGUUUAAUAAAUAUGGAGAGAACAUGUAAUGAUUGUAUUGUUUUCCUGAUAAAUUAAACUGUUAACUUUCAACGUUAUUGUAACUGUGUUAUAUUCCAACAUGUAUAUAUGAAUUGUUGAUGAGAGUUGGUGAAAUAUUCUAUUGUGCAUGCUGAGCUUGUUCAUUGCAACUUCAAGUACAACUAUUUCUCUAUCAACAUGUACAGUGAUAUCACCAAAUAGACAAUGCAGGUCAUGUGACUCUUCUUAGAUCACCAGACUUCCUUUAGAUCAUGUGACUGCUGUCAGAUCAUGUGACCUCAUGUUAUGGCUAUUUACUAAUUCCCUACAGGUUUAAAAUGGGGGAAAAAAAACAGCAUAUUACAUAUAGAAUUAAUAAAGGUCUAGCAUUGAAUUUCAUGUUUUGUGGCUACAUUAAAUUAUUAUUGGUGCAUAGUUUGUUUGCAGACUUGAACCAUUCCAGAAAUGUUCUUUUAAAAAUGUGUCAGUUACGGAUGAUUUUUUUUUCUUCCAAAAACCUAAAUGAAUGCUUGGUUUAUUUUAUUUUGGAAAAAUAUAUUAUGGCUGCGAAAAAUGUUUUAUUGUAAACUUUCUUACUAUUGCCAAUUUGUGUGUGCAUCUUAUAGAUUUUCAGCACUUUUCUAAAUUGUAAAGUAAAUCAUCAGUAUUCUUUUUUCUGUUGACAAACAGAUGUAUUAGAUAUUCACGCAUUCUUAAGUAUUUUUCUUUGGGAAUCCGGAACUGAGAUUAAAAAUAAAACAUAGCCACUGCAUAUAUUAUGUUAAGUUUAUUCUUUAUUAUAAAUGUCUACUUCUUCUUCUGGUUAAGGUGGGCUAGACAUUGGUGAAAAUAUUCUAGAGUAAAAUGUAUUUGUAUACUAAAGUAGUGGACCUAUUUUCUUUUUCUGCUUUUAGAAUAUUUUUUUGGCAACAAUACCAUAUUUGUGCUAUUAGGAAUAAAAAAAACUUGAACUUCCAUGACAACAUAAUGAAACAAUAGUGAGAAAUACUUAGAAAUACUGUGAGAAAGUAGCUUUAAUUAACCAUCAGCGAUAUAAUUACUAAAUUAGUACUAUAUAAUUAUAGUAUUUUAUAAAAGAUUUUUGUCUUUGAACUAUAUUUUAUUUUUUUAAAUUGUAGCAGCACUUUUACUAAAGAAUUUACCAUGUUUUCUAUUUAUUAUAUUUCUAAUGUGACAUCUGAUUAAAAAUCAUGUUUUCAAUUUGGAAUCAUAGUUUUUCUAUGGUUCUUGGCUGUAAAUCAUUUUCAUCGCUUGUUGUACCACCUGUCAAUAUUUUAAUAUUGUGUUUAAUACUCAAUUAUGUUCAAGUUAUUAAUGACGUCAUGCAGAUAGAAGGAUGGGGCAGGGUCUUUCACUAAUGUGUGGCGAAUUUUGUUAAUAAUAGAUGUAUGUUAAAGUUGUUAGUGAAGUCAAUCACUUAAAGAGAGAGAUUUCUGAUUUACGUGAAGAUGAGGUUGUGGAUCAGGGGCUUAAAAAAUGUGUGACAGACUUUUAAAUUAAUGGGGAGGGGGUCUGGUUUUUCAUGACACCGAUAAAUAUAAGUAGGGUAAAUGGUGGUAAAAUUUGGCUAAAUUAGCCUGUCAUUUAUAGAUAUUGAAUGACUAUUAGUAUGUAAUUUUUUUAUGUCUAGUGUAAUCAUCAUCUUUUUUCUUUCAAUAUACUUCCUAUAAAGGACAAUCUUCAUAGGUUGAAAUUAUAUCAGAAAAACUACACCUCCAUCAAGAGAUCUACUGAACUCUAACCACCAUAAAUACAUAUUUGCUCAACCCCAUAGUGUAGGUCUACUUUUACUUUGUUAUAGAAAAUUUGUGCUAUAUUUGUAGUUUUACAUUUGAUUAAAAUUCAAAUUACAGGUUUAAAACUACCUGUCAAUGUGAUAAAUUUCAUAGAGAUGCUAAUCUUUGAAUCAUUCAAUUAUGCUAUUGAUAAUGUGUUUGUAUUUUCUAGGAAUUUUUUAUGUGUGUGUAUGAAUUUCAUACAGACUGAAUAAAAGUAAAUUU